AUGAUAGCCACAGGUGGCCUGCUGCGCAUGAACAGGCGCCAGGAUUCACUCCGGUCCAAAAACCGAGCGGAAAACAAACGGAAGCGGAAAUCCAAGAAAAAGAAGAAGAACGAUGUGGUGGUGGUUAAGGGGAAGCUCAAUUUGUGCUCCCCAGCUGGUUUGGUGGCUGGUGUUGGAGUUAUAGUUCUCAUGGUUGGGAUUUCCAUGGCCGUGCUGGGCUACUGGCCUAGCCAGAACCAACAUGAGUACCAGGAGCGCCGCAGAACUGGAGCAUACCACCCCAACAGGAUGAGUUAUUCCAAAAGCCCACCUGUUUCCUCCAACAUCACCAAUGAUAAGCCUCCUUCUGGCCAGACACAAUUAUUAAAUCAUAGCCAUUCUAACAGCAGUGUCCCUGACCCCGCUCCUCACUGUGGCUUCCUCUGUGACUUUAUGAAUAAUUACCUGUACUCAGACAAUCUAAAAGUCUUCGGACCACUGGUAAUGGGAAUUGGCAUUUUCCUCUUUAUUUGCGCCAAUGCAGUCCUGCACGAAAACCGAGACAAGAAAACGAAAAUCAUCAACCUGAGGGAUAUCUAUUCCACAGUUAUUGAUCUACACAGCAUACGGUCAAAAGAAUACUCACCUCUAAACGGUUUAGUGAACUACACCCAGUCAAGGAGUGCUGAGGGCCCAUCGGGCUCAUUCCCUGCAAGUGGGAUGCUCACUCGCAGUUCCUGGCCUUCCACUGGACUUGGUUUCCAGAGCGAGUUAGGUGGUGAUGAGGUGUUCAGACGUCCGUCACUGGCCAGCAGGCCACGCAGCUGGUCCAGAGAUGUCCAGACCUUCACAGACACUGUCUACAGCAUCUACAAAGACUACAGCAAUAGCAGCGAGCAGGCCCCACAGCCCCGACAGUGGGAGACCACCUCCAUUGUCACCUCCUCUGUGAACGCUUUCACCCUCCCUGUCAUCAAACUGAACAACUGUGAAGUGGAGGAGUCUGAGAGAGUGGAGGCAGAGGGGCGCUCAGAGGAAGGGGUGGUUAUUGAGGCAGCUGCUGAUGACAUUAGAGAGGAAGGACAGGCCAGCAGCAGCCAGAUUGACGAGACAGACAGCAAGGAGAAGGACGUCUCAAUGACGGAUUCACCCCCGCCCCAGCAGAGCCAUGAGGAUAUAUCCACAGACACAGCUGACCAACAGGAGGCGCAACAGGCCCAGACUCAGCUCCAGUGGACCCCACUGUUUCCUCCAUCACCUGUUGCCAGGGCAAUGGGGUCACGGCUGUCACUCAACUCCCUCACAGAUCAACCUAGGUCUACACGUCGCUGCAGCCUGUCUGUGUCUGUGUGUCGUCAAGGCGACAGAGCUAGGCGCUUCAGCUGCCCUCGUCUGGAGCGCACCAACAGUAAGGGCUACAUCAAGCUGACUGACCUGGGGGGCGAAUCCUUCGAAGCCCCUGACACAGACACUUCUUUAGUGGCCACUGAACAGAAAGUAGCAAAGGACACAGCAGCAGAAGCUCAGGGAGAGGAAGACUUGGUGAUACCCAGCACCUCUGCAGAAUCCUAG